ACUUAACCCAAUCCAACCUCUCGUCGUGAUCAGAGUUCUCCGGAGGAUCUGACUACUCAAGCAGUUUGGGAUAACAGAUCGAAUCGAAAUAAGAAAGUAGACACGAAAACUUUCUUUCACUCUUUGUUGAGCUUCGCAGAUUUGCUAGUCCUCUUUUGCUGCGGCGUGAAUCUACCUUUCAUUACUUUCAACCGUUAGCUCGGGUACAUCAAACAUGGAAGAAGAAUUUCAGAUGAACGAGAACGAGUACUUCUUGCCCGAGGGAGAAGAGUAUAUCGAUGAGGAGCCUAUUAGUCAAGAGGACUGUUGGACAGUUAUUACCGCCUUUUUCGAUGAAAAAGGUCUUGUACGCCAACAGCUCGAUUCAUUUGACGAAUUUGUUCAAAAUACCAUGCAAGAACUGGUCGACGAAAGUUCAGAUUUGGUGUUGCAACAUGUUGGAGGCGAUAGUGAUAUGUCGAAGCGUUAUAUUAUCGAUUUCGGACAGAUUUAUCUCUCCAAGCCUACUAUGACGGAAGCGGAUGGUAGCGCACAGCCCAUGUACCCUCAGGAAGCACGUAUUCGUAACUUAACAUAUGCUUCACCGUUGUAUGUGGAUAUGAAUAAGCGCACACAAAUUGCUAACCCGAAUGACCCGCGUAAUGCCGGAAAAACAAAUCCCAACGACAUGUUCCACGAUGAGAAUGAAGCUGAAUCUAAUAUAGCGUCCAAAGUGUUUAUUGGCAAGGUCCCCAUCAUGUUGCGAUCGACAUAUUGUAUUUUGCACGCCUUGCCAGAGGCAGAUAUGCACGAGUUGAACGAGUGUCCCUUCGAUAUGGGUGGUUACUUUGUCAUUAACGGUUCCGAAAAAGUGUUGAUUGCUCAGGAACGAAUGGCAACAAAUACUGUUUACGUUUUCAGCAAAGCACCUCCAUCCAAUACAUGCUUUACUGCGGAAAUUCGAUCUGCAGUAGAGAAAGGCUCUAAGGUCACCUCUCCACUCUAUAUCAAAAUGCUACGUCCUACUACUGAUAAAGGCGCUUCUGGUCAAUACAUUCGCGCGACACUUCCUUAUAUCCGCGCUGACAUUCCCAUUGUCAUUGUUUUCCGAGCCCUUGGACAAGUGGCUGAUCGUGACGUUCUAGAACAUAUUUGUUACGACAGAAAUGACUAUGAAAUGUUGGAAAUGCUCAAGCCUUGUAUCGAAGAAGCCUUUGUCAUUCAAGACCAAGAUGUUGCCCUCGAUUUCAUUGGAAAGCGUGGUACCACAGUUGGUGUCACCAAAGAAAAGCGUAUCAAGUAUGCUACCGAGAUUCUGCAAAAGGAACUGCUGCCUCACGUUGGAACAGGAUACAAAAACGAAACUCGAAAGUCAUAUUUCUUUGGUUAUAUGAUUCACAGAUUGUUGUUGGCUGCAUUGGAACGACGAGAGUUAGAUGAUCGUGAUCAUUAUGGCAAGAAGCGUAUGGAUCUUGCUGGACCCUUGAUGGCAAGUUUGUUCAGGAUGUUGUUCAAGAAGCUGACGAAGGAUGUUGCAAAAUAUCUACAAAAGUGUAUCGAAUCUAGUAGAGAAUUUAACUUGACGCUUGCAGUCAAAUCUAGCACCAUCACCAAUGGUCUCAAAUAUUCGUUGGCGACGGGUAACUGGGGUGACCAAAAGAAGGCUAUGCAGUCCAAGGCAGGUGUAUCUCAGGUGCUUAACCGUUAUACAUUUGCCUCCACACUUUCCCAUUUGCGUCGUUGUAAUACUCCAAUUGGACGUGAUGGAAAAAUCGCUAAACCACGUCAAUUGCAUAACACACAUUGGGGUAUGGUAUGCCCUGCAGAAACUCCAGAAGGUCAAGCUUGUGGUCUUGUCAAGAAUUUGGCCUUGAUGUCCUACAUUUCCGUUGGUUCUGCUGCCGCUCCUCUCAUUCUGUUCUUGGAAGAGUGGGCUAUGGAGAAUUUAGAAGAGCUGAGCGCAAGCAAUAUACCAGAUGCCACCAAGAUUUUCGUGAAUGGUGUCUGGGUUGGUAUUCACCGCGACCCUGGUGAAUUGAUUACAUCGUUGAAACAGAUGCGACGUUCAGUGGAUAUCUCACCCGAAGUCAGUAUUGUUCGCGAUAUCAGAGAAAAAGAAUUGAGGAUGUACACAGAUGCCGGUCGAUGCUGUCGCCCACUUUUCAUUGUUGAAGAUCAACAACUCAAGUUGACCAAAGACCAUGUCGCUCUCUUGCAAGAUCCUGAUUCGAACUAUAGAUGGCAAGAUCUGAUUUCGGAUGGUAUUAUCGAAUACAUUGAUGCUGAAGAAGAAGAAACAGCCAUGAUUUGUAUGACACCAGAAGAUCUUGCCGAAUCUAGAUAUUCGGCCGAGUACGGUAAGCCGCUACAAAGUGAUCGUGAUGUCGCUAGCCGAUUGAAGACACAACAAAGUGGUUAUUCGCAUACAUGGACGCACUGCGAGAUUCAUCCCAGUAUGAUUCUUGGUAUUUGUGCCAGUAUUAUUCCUUUCCCAGAUCACAAUCAGUCUCCUCGUAACACCUACCAAUCUGCUAUGGGUAAACAAGCUAUGGGAGUCUAUCUCACUAACUAUCAAGUCCGUAUGGAUACCCUUGCCAAUAUUUUGUACUAUCCUCAAAAGCCUCUCACAACCACUCGUUCAAUGGAGUUCUUGCGUUUCCGUGAACUGCCUGCUGGACAAAAUGCUAUUGUCGCUAUCUUGUGUUACUCUGGAUACAAUCAGGAAGACUCCGUCAUUAUGAACCAAAGUAGUAUUGAUCGUGGUCUAUUCCGUAGUUUGUUUUUGCGAACUUACAUGGAUGCUGAGAAGAAGGCUGGUAUGAUGUUUAUGGAAGAAUUUGAGAAGCCUACACGAGACAACACUUUGCGAUUGAAGCAUGGUACCUAUGAAAAGUUGGAAGAGGAUGGUCUUAUUGCUCCUGGAACGAGAGUGUCUGGAGACGACAUUAUUAUUGGCAAGACCGCACCCAUACCUGCGGACUCUGAAGAACUUGGUCAACGAACCAAGGGCCACAAUAAGCGAGAUGCUUCCACACCAUUACGAAGCACAGAAACGGGUAUUGUCGAUCAAGUCAUGGUCACAACCAAUCAAGAUGGUCUCAAGUUUGUUAAAGUACGUGUACGAUCUACUCGUGUCCCUCAAAUGGGAGACAAGUUCGCUUCUCGUCACGGUCAAAAGGGUACCAUUGGUAUUACAUAUCGUCAUGAAGACUUGCCGUUCUCUGGCGAAGGUGUUACACCUGACAUUAUCAUUAAUCCCCACGCCAUUCCUUCUCGUAUGACUAUUGGGCAUUUGGUCGAGUGUCUUCUCGGAAAAGUGUCCACAUUGACCGGUAAUGAAGGUGAUGCUACACCGUUUACGGACGUCACGGUUGAAGCAGUUUCACAAGCCUUGGCUGAGCAGGGUUACCAACAGCGCGGUUUUGAAGUCAUGUACAAUGGUCAUACCGGCCGUAAAUUGGCCGCUCAAGUCUUCUUGGGACCGACUUACUACCAGCGACUUAAGCACAUGGUGGACGACAAAAUUCACAGUCGUGCUCGUGGUCCUGUUCAAAUCCUAACUCGACAACCUGUGGAAGGUCGUUCAAGAGAUGGUGGUUUACGUUUCGGUGAAAUGGAACGUGAUUGUAUGAUAUCUCACGGCGUUGCUCAAUUUUUGAAGGAACGUCUCUUCGAUGCUUCGGAUGCCUACCGUGUGCAUGUUUGCGACAUUUGUGGAUUGAUGGCCAUUGCCAAUUUGAAGAAGAACAGCUUUGAAUGCCGUGCUUGUAAGAACAAGACUCAAGUAUCUCAAAUUCACAUACCCUAUGCUUGCAAGCUAUUGUUCCAAGAGCUUAUGGCUAUGAACAUUGCACCUAGACUGUUUGUGGAAAAAGAUCGUUAGAUUUCUCCCCACAUCAAGCCAACAACCCCUCUUUUUCUCUCCAUAAAGUUCGGCAAAGCACAAAAACAUCGGGUUUUUUCUUCUCAAGCCCUCCAUUUCCUUUUUUCUUUUUUGUGCUCAAUAUAUGUAGAUAUAACUUCUGAAAGCAAAAAAAUCCCUCCACCCUUUCUGUUGAGAAUCAAACAAAGAGAAAUAAUCAUAAUAAAAUGAAAAUAAAUAAAUACAAAAAAUAACUCACACC